ACAAGCGAGUGCUUGCCAAUCAUUUUCAAGCAGUGUUUGCUGCCUGAAAGGGUCUAUUCUCCUUUCUCUCCCUCCAGAGGUGACAUCAUGUGACAUCAUGCGCAAAGGGGACAUGACCUCAAGCUCCAAGGAGCCCGAGCGAGCGCUUCUGUGUCAUUUCAGGCAGCGCUUGCUGCCUGAAAGCAUCUAUGCCAGAGGUCCAACCAUACUGGACAGGUCUCACCAGAGGAGCCAGACAAAGAGUGCCUCUCCCAUCAACAAUAUGUAAAUCUGCAGUUUCCAAGAUGGGCGACGUCGUAAUGAAUACUGUAGCAUCAACUGGUGCAGUAUUAAAAAUUAAGAAAUGCCUGGCUGAGGUCAGCUUCUUUCAACUUUGUGCCUUUUUCCUGAGCCUUAGUGGAUGGCUUAUGUGUAUGACAUCCGCAAUCCUUGUCCAGUGGAGAGUGUGGCACUUUAGUAACCACUAUGGUGGAACCAGCAUUGCUUGGAUUGGGAUUUGGGAAAUCUGCCGUGUCGAUGAAGAUCCGUCUAUUGAUAAGCAAAAUCGCAUGAACUGUACAGCAUUCAGCAAUCUACACACCUUCCUCCCCAGUGAGAUUAUAGCUGCCCAGAAUCUCAUGGUACUCGCUACCAUUGCGGGGGCAGUGCAAACAGGCUUUCUCUCUGUGGCCUUCUCAAAUAUAUAUAGGAAGGAAAAACAGAGAAAACAUGUUGCCAACCUUUUUUUGAUUGCAGGCCUUCUAAAUUUAUCAUCGGGAAUAGGUGUCUUCAUUCCAAUUGUUUGGAAUAUGGUUUCCGUCUUGUCAGAAGCACCAAUUUUCUUCCCUGAAGAUUUCCAUUUACCACAUAAACCAGAAUACCAGUAUGUUGGAGCUGCGCUUUUGGUUGGGCUGAUUUCUGCUAUUUUCCAGAUCUUGAGCGGAUGUUUUAUUCUGCGCAGUAAGCAUUUGGCAGUCAAGAAAAUAUCAGCAAUGGCAACAGAGGCAUCUGCAAGGGCAAGUGAAACCACUCUUUGUCAAAAGUGUUCAUUGUCCUUAGUGCCUAAAACCCCAAAGCCAGAGGAAUCUGCUUCUGUGACCAUCGAGAGCCCAUUGGACGUGCGACGCACUGAAAACCCAUCUGUGAUUGUCCAGAUGGAUAACUUCUCUGAAGACGUGACCAAUCCCAGGGAGCCUGUUCCAUCAUUGCCCCAAAGUCACAUUAUAUUGGUGACUCCAUACAUUGAACCAACAGUUGGUGAUGAAUCUAAAUAAUCAGAUUCUAAACACACCAGGACAUGAACUGUGAACAUUUGAAAGUUAUUGCAACCUUUGAAAGGGAUAGUGGGUCUGUUUAUGUUGCAGGAAUAUUUAUUUGUUUGUUUGUUUGUUUAUUGCUGUAGGGGUUGUUUUUAUACUUUGGGGAUAACUUUUGUGCUGUUAACAAUAAUGGUUGUUUUCAUGGUAUAGGCUACUAUUAUCUUUGAUAGUUUUGUGUUUCUCACCUUUUAUUAAAAAUAUCCACCUA